AUUUUAUUUAAUUUUUUUUUUAAACAAAAUUGUUUCGGCGUGUUCAUGUUUAUUUAUUAUUGUUUUCCGUUGAGUUUUACUCACGUGAAAUACACUUCUUAGGGCGCUCGUGUCUAAAUUGUUUGGUAUUUGUGAGUGCGAUCGGUUCGAGAUACAAUUUCGAGGCAACAGUUUGUUUUCAUUAAGUAUUACAGAGCAGAAAUAUAUGUGAAAGUAAUUAAAUAUGCCAUCCCAAAGAGAGAACCAUUCAGUCUACUCAGUGCCGCUGAAUGUGGUGAUUCCAAUAAAGUUCGCGAUUGUGAAAUUUGGACUUCUGUAUGAAUUUCGAUCGUUUCAGCAGUUAUUAACAGUGGAGGUGGCAACUAUCAAAAUCAUCAGUAAUGAAAGAAAGAGGAUUAAUUUCAAUGAAGCGAAGCUUAAUUGUUGAUUUGUUGGCAAUUUUUUUUGGAAUCGGCACUUGGAUUGGGAUCAAUGGUACUUUUAUACAACUACCACUUCUUGUGGAAGUGGCUCCAGAAGGCUGGUCUUUGCCAUCAUAUCUCAGUGUUAUGGUACAAAUUGGAAACCUUGGUCCCAUAGCUUACACCUUAAUAGAAAAGUGUUCUAAUUAUAAAAUUAAAGAUGGCAAAAUCAUUUACAUCAUGCUUUUCAUAGGAACAGUAUCAUCUCUAUUAACAUCGUUCUUCUAUAAUGAGACUGCAAUUAUCUUUGGCAAAGAACAUAGUUUAUCACUUUUUAUUCUUACAAUAUUUACCGCAUUGACUGCGUGCACAAGUUCAGUGCUCUUCAUGCCCUAUAUGGGUCGAUUCAAGGAAAUUUAUCUAAUAACAUAUUUUGUUGGAGAGGGACUAAGUGGUUUAUUGCCGAGUGUUGUUGCGUUAAUACAAGGUAUUGGUGGUGCUUCGGUCUGCGUACAAGUGAACACAACUGAAGAAGGACAACCGAUUUACGAGAAACAAACCCCUGCGCCACGUUUUGGUACGAUGGAGUUUUUCAUAUUUGUGUUUGUCAUGAUGGUUUGCAGUUGUAUUGGUUUUACGCUGUUAGAUCGGUUGAAAUUGGCGAAAAGACAAUACGCAGCAAUGCAUGUAUCAAAUGGUAUGGACUACAGUUAUGAUGAGAACGAUAAAACCAGAAGAUCACAGGAAGAUGAUUUGGAACAAAUAUUUCGUACACAAAUUACAUCAAAACAAUAUUGGCUUUUGUUAACACUAAUUGGAAUUGUAACGCUUUUUAGUAAUGGCAUGUUGAAUAGUAUUCAAUCUUAUUCUUGUCUACCGUAUGGAAGUCAGACUUAUCAUUUAUCAGCUACACUUAGUGUUAUAGCGAACCCCGUAGCUUGCUUUUUAGCUUUAUUUUUACCUCAUACUUCCUUAAAAUCGAUAUUAACGUUAUCAGGUAUUGCGGCGUGUUUAACGAGUUAUGUUUUCGUAACAGCCGCUAUGAGCCCACUACCUCCACUGCAUGGAACGGAUGCAGGAGCGGCGAUUGUGAUUGUUACGUGGACACUUUUAGUAGGCCUCGUGAGUUAUAUUAAGCUCUCGAUAACAUCUGUAAUGCGGGCCCAAGGCGGAAAGUCGCUUGUUUGGACAGGCGGGAUAACGCAAUUCGGUUCAGCCAUUGGCUCGAUAUUGAUAUUUGUGUUAAUUAACUUUACCAAUAGCUUUGAAGCUUCAUAUGAUUCUGAUUGCUGAUGAAACAUAAAAAUAGUUAAUUUUCCAGAAUUUAAGAUACUUAAAGUAAAUAUAGAGUUAACUUUAUAUAACUAAAUUGUUGUAGUGUGAUUUUUUAAGCUAUAUUAUGUGUACUAAAAAAUCUUGUAUUUUUAUUAACACAGACUGUAUUGCCAAGAACAAAAAACAAAAAUUACUGAGAAAUAAAUUAUCGACUGAGAGUAAA